AUGUCUGUUAUCCAGCUUGACGAGCUCGUUUUAUACCAGCUGCGCACAAGCUACCUGAACGAAAUCACAGACGGAGUCGGCGAGCGCCUCCUCACAGUAAACGAGGGCUUCGUCAAUUCAGCCGCCUUCAAAGCUGCCGGAUGGCGGCCCAACUCGUCCCAUAUCAAGCGAACCCACUCCCCUCCGAUCCCGACCGCCAUCGCCUCUGAAUACUUCCAGGCCUCGAGGAACCAGGGAUACACACUGGAGGAUGGAGAGGAAGACGGGGGCAUGCUCACGGGCGGCGGCGCAGACACCGUUGGGCCCAGCAUGGCAGCGACGAGGAGGCGGAGGCGCAGGGAGCAGGAGGAGGUGGACAGCAGUGAUCUGAGCGACGAGAGUGAUGACGAGACGGACCAGCGAGCAGCGCAGCAGAUCAAGUUCGCCAAAAUGCCCGUCAGGAAUCGAUCCGGGUCAUCUCCGACGCAGGCCAGCAAUAUGAAGACGGCCCAAUCGCCCCGGUCUCGGCGUCGGGGGUCACAGUCGGCGCUUGAAGUUGUCAAGGAGAGGGCAAGGCGCGACACAGUGACGAGCAGCGAGAUAUCCUCAGACAAUGAGAUCGACACCCCCCAGAAGCAGCAGAGCCGAGGAGCAACACGGGCUGUGGCUAGGGCUGCGAGGUUCCAGGACAAGAUCCAGGAGGAACCUCCAGCGGGCCUCAGGAUGGCUGGUACCACAUUAGAUGAGGACGAUGACGAUGACUCCGAUGACGGUUCUGAUCUGUCUGACAAUUAUGUUGGGAGUAUCGACUCCGUCUCAAUUCUCGAUGUGGCCGAGGUGCCUGUCCCGAUCAAUGCCUCGCCCACUCAGCAAGUUGUUGGCACGCCGCCCAAGAACCUCACUCGGCAGUCUACUGUUCGGAAAUCGCGGCCACCUGUGAAGGUCAUGCUUGAGGCUCUUCCCCCGCCACGUCCGAUGAGCACUAUCCGGCCCCCAAGCAUGGCUCAGCCCAGAAGUUUGUUAUCGGCUGCACUCAAGGCAAAGGAACACAAAUCAGUUCCCUUCCAAAAGUUCGCCCACUACAAUGGCCAGGGCACGCAGGGUUCGAUCGCAGUCCGGAUAUAUCCUGCUUUCUCAAAGAAGCCCGGGAAGCCAUUUGAGCUGCUCAUCCAGCCUCGUGUCCAUGACGGCCAGGGUACUGAACGGCCAGUGACUGUCGCUGACUUGAUUGGCCUGAGUCUUUACCGAUACAAUACGGAUAAAAAGGAACCACCGCUGCCGUCAGACAAGCUGAACAUUAACUGGUGGACGCUGAGGAUGGUCGAGGACGGAGAAGUGGAUGAUGACUUUCCACCGUUUGAAAGAACCAAAGCACUCAAUUCAUUCACCACAGUCAACAAUGCUAACCAGAGAGGCGGUGGACGGGGGCGAUCUAACUCGACAGCGUAUGAUGAAUUCGCUUUGGUAGAAGCCUCGAAGGACGAAUACGAGGAUAAUAAAGAGCUCACACCACAGGAAGAAACCGAGGAGCGUCCAGUGCAGGAGGAGGCUCCCGAACCCGCCAUCCCCGAAGAGCCUGUCCAGAAGCCUGGAUCUCUGGCGCAUAGCUCAAGCAAUAACCACCUGUCGGCGGAGCAAUACCGUCCGCGACAGAAUCCCAUCAUCACAACUACCUACCGUACAAAUACGCCUUUGGCAGACAUGCCACAAGCACCUGCUACGACGAACAGCACUGCACGUGGUCCGAGGAAGCUUCUGAGAAUUUCCAUCAUGUCCUCGGAUGUUGCCCCAGGCCAGAUGGUGACGGUUGAUGUCACAACAGAUACAUAUCUCGUCCAAGUCCUGGAAACUGUCUGCACAAAACGGCAACUGGAGAAGGCCAAUCACGUCCUGAAGCUUCCCGGCUCUGGGGUCGUCGUCAUGCUUGACCGGCCCGUUUCCUCGAUCGGAAAUGUGUCAGACCUGGAACUACACCGACGCCGUUUCGCAACCGACGGUCCCCUGACGAUGUCGGGAUCACCGGGCAGCACCUCGCCCAAGGCGGCGCUGGCCGAGGUCUACGGGCAGAAGAAGUCCAAGAAGACCCAGAUGCUGGGUCCGCACCCGCUGGCUCGGGAGAUUGCGAAGCAGGACGAGCUGCGCAGCGCGACCUACAAGAAGUACACGGUGUGGCGCAAGCAGCCCAUGCGGAUCGUCGGCAUGAGCGAGCGGAUCCUCGUCAUCGACGGGGAGUACAUCCACAUUGUGCCGGCGUCUGGCGGCAAGGCCCUGCGAGACGGCGGCGGCAAGACGACGACGGUUCAUUUCCGCAGCGUGGUCGGGUGCAAGGUGCUUCGCAAGCACCCCACGAAUGUUCAGGCAAGUCCAAUGCUGAUCAUAUACAAAACCACGGAGCUUAAGCGGUACGACUUCGAGACCCGCGGCGUAGAUGAGGCGGCCGAGAUUGUAACCGAGCUGAAACGCGGUGUUGCCCUCUACCAUGACAUUUGA